AGCAGAGAGCCAAUCCUCUACGCUCUCAGCAGCAGCAGCCACCUACGGCAGCAAGACCAGAGCUUCGGGAAUCGUUGGGAGCCGUGAACCUCUUCUUCAGCUCCUUCUCACCUCGUCCUCUUCUUCCUUCGGUCAAUCAUCUUCCUGUUCCUUGCAACGCCUCGAGUCGCAGAAAGCUGCCCCUCACCCCCCUCAAGCCCCCUCACUCCCCAGACCACUCGUACCAUUGUAAUUAUGGCAACCACAACGACCCCUUCUCGGUCGCGUAGACCAUCGACAUCGGCUCCUGUCGCUGAACUCUCAGGGCCAAUUGGACCCGCCGGCAUCACGAGGCCCAAGCACAAGCGUACAAUCACAGGCUUCGGAGCAUCUGAUAUCAAGAGCGUCGAAGCUGAGAUUCCCGACGAGCAAAAGACUGCCUGGAAGAAACACAGUGCUUCUGGAUUCAAGAACAAGGAGGACUUCGAGUCUGCUGCCAUUCGCCAUAUCGAGACAACUCUCGCUCGGUCGCUCUACAACUGCGAUGAAGGCGCUGCCUACGGCGGAACAGCUUUGGCUUUCCGCGACCGUCUGAUAAUUGAUUGGAACAAGACUCAGCAAAGUCAUACCUUUGCCGACCAGAAGCGCGUCUACUACCUCUCUCUUGAGUUCUUGAUGGGAAGAGCCUUGGACAACGCCAUGCUCAAUGUCGGCUUGAAGGACGUUGCAAGAGAUGGUCUCGCCGACCUUGGCUUCCGCAUGGAAGAUGUCAUUGGCAUCGAGCGCGAUGCCGCUCUCGGUAACGGCGGUCUUGGACGUCUGGCUGCCUGUUUCUUGGACAGUCUUGCCUCGCUCGACUACCCCGCCUGGGGCUAUGGUCUGAGAUACAGGUAUGGUAUCUUCAAGCAGGAGAUCAUCAACGGCUACCAAGUCGAAGUGCCCGACUACUGGCUCGAUUUCAACCCCUGGGAGUUCCCCAGACACGACGUUACGGUUGACAUCCAGUUCUACGGACAUGUCCGCAAGUACAAUGAUGAAAAUGGAAGACAGGUUUCCGUAUGGGAAAAUGGCGAGAUAGUAACUGCCAACGCCUACGAUGUACCUAUCCCCGGAUACAACACCCCCACCACCAACAACCUGCGCCUGUGGUCUAGUAAGGCCGCUAGCGGUGAGUUCGACUUCCAGAAGUUCAACUCUGGCGAGUAUGAGCAGUCUGUACAUGAUCAGAUGAGAGCCGAGACUAUCUCGGCCGUCUUGUACCCUAACGACAACCUUGACCGCGGCAAAGAGCUUCGUCUCAAGCAACAAUACUUCUGGUGCGCUGCCUCGCUCCACGAUAUCGUCCGUCGUUUCAAGAAGUCGAAGAAGGCCUGGAAGGAGUUCCCCAACCAAAUUGCCAUCCAGCUUAACGACACUCACCCGACGCUUGCCAUUCCUGAGCUGCAGCGCAUCCUGGUAGAUGAGGAGGGUCUCGACUGGGACACUGCUUGGAGCAUUGUUGUCAAUACCUUUGGCUACACCAACCACACUGUCAUGGCAGAAGCUCUUGAGAAGUGGUCUGUCCCAUUGAUCCAGCACUUGCUCCCUCGUCACCUUGAGAUCAUCUACGAGAUCAACCUACACUUCCUGCAAUACGUCGAGCGCACCUUCCCUAAGGAUCGCGACAUGCUCUCCCGUGUCUCCAUCGUCGAGGAGUCUAACCCCAAGAUGAUCCGCAUGGCCUUCCUUGCCAUUGUAGGCUCUCACAAGGUCAAUGGUGUCGCCGAGUUGCAUUCUGAUCUGAUCAAGACCACCAUCUUCAAGGACUUCGUCAAGAUCUACGGUCAAGACAAAUUCACCAACGUCACCAACGGUAUCACUCCUCGCCGCUGGCUGCACCAAGCCAACCCCAAGCUGUCCGAGCUCAUCGCUUCCAAGCUUGGUGGCUACGACUUCCUCAAGGACCUUACCCUCUUGCACAAGAUUGAGGCCUACGCCGAUGACAAGCAGUUCCGUAAGGCUUUCCAAGACAUCAAGUAUGCCAACAAAACUCGCCUUGCCAACUACAUCAAGGAUACUACUGGCGUGAAGGUCAACCCUGCAGCUCUUUUCGACAUCCAGGUCAAACGUAUUCACGAGUACAAGCGUCAGCAACUCAAUAUCUUCGGUGUCAUUCAUCGCUAUCUGGCUCUAAAGGCUAUGUCGCCCGAAGAGAGAAAGAAGAUGCAGCCUAGGGUCUCCAUCUUUGGUGGCAAGGCUGCUCCCGGCUACUGGAUGGCUAAGUGUAUCAUCCAUCUUGUCAACGAAGUUGGCAGAGUCGUCAACAACGAUCCUGAGAUUGGCGAUGCGCUCAAGGUCAUCUUCAUCGAAGACUACAAUGUGUCCAAGUGUGAGAUCAUUGCCCCUGCCUCUGAUAUCAGUGAGCACAUCUCCACUGCCGGUACUGAGGCUUCUGGUACUUCGAACAUGAAAUUCGUCCUCAACGGUGGUCUCAUCAUCGGUACUUGCGACGGUGCCAACAUCGAGAUCACCAGAGAGAUUGGCGAGGACAACAUCUUCUUGUUCGGAAACUUGGCUGAGGACGUUGAGGACAUCCGUCACCAGCACACCUACGAAGGCGUCUUGAUCGACGACGGUCUCCAGAAGGUCUUCGAUGCCAUCCACAAUGGCAUGUUUGGUCACUCAGACGAGUUCUCCGCUCUGACUAACACAGUCGUCAAUCACGACCACUGGUUGACUUCUGCCGACUUCGAAGCAUACUGCAAGACCCAGGAUUCUAUCGAUGUGGCCUUCAAGGACCAGGAGUCUUGGCUCCACAAGACCAUCAUCUCAGUCGCUCGCAUGGGUUUCUUCACCGCCGACCGCUGUAUCGAGGAGUACGCCGAGAUGAUCUGGAACGUCGAGCCCCAGAAGAUGAAGCAGAAUGGCGCAUGAUCGAUAGAAGGAUAAAUAAAGAUCGUUUUACGAGACACGAGGAACAACGGGGACAAGGGCCAAUAGUACUUUGCUUUUAACAUAAUCCAAGA